AUGAUCUCUCUUGUAGCUUUCGAUCUCGAUGGCACGCUCGCCAUAAGCAAGCAGCCUCUGCAAGCCCCAAUGGGAGAGGUACUGGCCAACCUGCUCGCCGUCGCCCACGUCGCCGUCAUCUCGGGGGGCGACUGGCCUCAGUUCCAGAAGCAGGUCACUAGCCGCCUGCCGGCCCAUGCGGACCUGUCGAAGUUAUGGCUUAUGCCGACGACGGGCACGAAGCUGUACCAGCAUAAGGACGGCGAGUGGCGGGCGACCUACGCUGAGCUUUUUGCCGACGACCAGAAGAAGGAAAUCCUCAAGGCUUUCGACGCCUCGCUUGAGGCGACCGGUUUCAAGCCCGAAAAGACCUGGGGUGAGAGGAUCGAGGAUCGCGGCAGCCAGAUCACCUUCUCCGCGCUGGGCCAAGAGGCUCCCGUUGUCGCGAAGGAGGUUUGGGAUCCCUUGUUCUCUAAGCGCAAGGUUAUCCAGGCAGACCUGCUUAAGCGGCUUCCUGACCUGUCUAUCAAUAUGGGCGGCGCAACCUCCAUCGACAUCACGAAGAAAGGUGUUGAUAAGGGAUACGGACUCAAGAGGCUUAGCGCCGCGAGCGGGAUCCCCCUCGACCAGAUGAUGUUUAUCGGCGAUGCCAUCUUCCCGGGAGGCAAUGACUUCCCUGCCAAAGAACUCGGACUGCCGACGGUGCCGGUGCUCAACGUGGAAGGCACUCUUGCUGCGAUUGCCGCCAUCAUUGCUUGCCUUGCUUAG